GUACUUCUCUUUUAUUUCUGAGCUUUUAUUUCAAAGCCUCCUAUGAAAGCUUAAACCCUCCAAACCCUAAUUUUAAUUAAUAUUAUUUUGAAUAUCUGAUAAUUCAUAAUGAAAAAUCUGAAACUCUACUCAGAGGUUUCUCUGAAUCUGGAGUUACCAUCAAAGGAAGAAACUCUGCUGUUCUCAGCUUUGGACAUCGAGCGGAACCGAUUAUUCUUCGCUUCUUCGGCCAAUAAAAUUUACAGCUCUCAGCUUUCUUCUUUUCAAAAUGAAGGAGUGCCAGCCAAGACCUCAAUUUCUGCUGAAGUUGAUCAAGUUGAUUUGGAUGCUGGGGACUUCAUUACAUCAUUUGAUUAUCUUAUGGAGAAAGAAGCACUGAUAGUGGGAACUUCUGAUGGACUUCUACAGCUGCAUUCCAUGGAUAGUAAUUCAACAGAAGUUGUUGGUAAGGUUGAGGGUGGUGUUAAGUGCAUAUCACCUAGUCCGGAUGGAGAUCUGCUUGCGGUAAUUUCUGGUUUUGGGCAGAUCCUAGUGAUGACUCAUGAUUGGGAUUUAUUGUAUGAGAAUCCACUGGAGGAUCUUCCUGAAGGUGUUGACGUAUGUGAAACUGAUUUUUCUUCCACAAAUACAUCUGAGAGUCCCAUUUCAUGGCGAGGUGAUGGGAAAUACUUUGCCACUCUAAGUAAUUCAAGCAGUUCUACUUCCUUGCAUAAGAGCCUUAAGGUUUGGGAACGAGAUUCUGGGACAUUGCAAGCUUCUUCAGAACCACAGGUAUUCAUGGGAGCAGUUUUAGAAUGGAUGCCCAGUGGAGCAAAAAUUGCAGCUGUUUAUGACAGAAAAGUGGAAAAUAAAUGCCCUUCUAUAGUUUUCUUUGAGAGGAAUGGGUUAGAAAGAAGUUCCUUCAGCAUUAACGAGCAAAUAGAUGCAACUGUAGAAAUUUUGAAGUGGAAUUGCAGCUCAGAUCUUCUUGCAGCUGUUAUCAGGUGUGGGAAUUAUGACUUUGUUAAGAUCUGGUUUUUCAGCAACAAUCACUGGUAUUUAAAGCAUGAAGUUAGAUACUUGAGGCAGGCUGGCGUGAGGUUCAUGUGGCAUCCAACAAAGCCAUUGCAGUUGAUAUGUUGGACUCUUGAUGGGCAAAUUACAAUUUGUGACUUUAUCUGGACAACAGCUGUCAUGGAGAACUCAAUUGCAUUAGUCAUUGAUGGCUCCAAGAUUCUUGUAACCCCUCUUUCUUUAUCCUUAAUUCCACCUCCUAUGUGUUUAUUUAGCCUGACAUUUCCAUCUGCUGUCUGUGAGAUGGCUUUCUAUACCAAUAGUUCUAAGAAUUGUCUGGCUGCAUCUUUGUCAGAUGGUUGUUUGUGUGUUGUGGAGCUUCCUUCAUCUGAUAUGUGGGAAGAAAUGGAUGGCAAAGAAUUUUGUGUUGAAGCCUCCAUUUCUGAUAUAGCAUUUGGAUCAUUCAUACAUCUAAUAUGGUUGGACUCACAUAUUCUCCUUUCUAUUUCGCCUAAUGGGUUCAGGCAUUGCAGUUCCUCUUUUCAAGCUGCAUCAAGUGAGGGUGCACUUCAUGGUUUCUAUAUUCAGGAGAUUACACUUGAGUGUUCUGAGAAUCAAGCCCCAGGUUUAAUUACUUGUUCUGGCUGGCAUGCUAAAAUUUCCUACCAGAAUUCCCUAGAAGGGUUUGUGAUUGGCAUUGCUCCAAAUCCUGCUAAAAGAUGUUCAGCAUUUGUUCAGUUUGAUGGUGGAAAAAUUGUUGAGUACACUUCAAAAGUAGGCCUAACCAGAGAUACUGUAAAACAUGAUGACAUAAACUUUUCAUCAUCUUGUCCUUGGAUGAGUGCGGUUCUGGUUGGUAGUGAUGGGCCAUUGAAGCCUUUGCUAUUUGGACUUGAUGAUGUUGGUCGGCUGCAAGCUAGUGGGAAAAUCAUAUGCUACAACUGCAGUAGUUUCUCAUUUUACUCAAAAUUGGGCGACCAAGUGAUCUCACAUUUGAUCCUUGCAACUAAACAAGAUUUACUCUUUAUUGUAGAUAUUAGUCAUAUAUUGUGUGGAGAAUUAGAGUUGAAGUAUGAAAACUUCAUGCAUGUUGCUAAUAGAAGAAAAGAAGAAGAAAGCAUUAGCUUUAUAAAUAUUUGGGAAAGAGGUGCCAAAAUUGUUGGUGUACUGCAUGGAGAUGAAGCUGCAGUCAUAUUACAGACAACCCGGGGAAACCUAGAAUGCAUCUAUCCUAGAAAAUUGGUACUAUCUUCAAUCGUCAAUGCGUUGAUCCAAUGUCGCUUCAGAGAUGCAUUAGUUAUGGUGAGGCGGCAUAGGAUUGAUUUUAAUGUUAUUGUUGACCAUUGUGGUUGGCAAGAAUUUCUCCAAUCAGCUUCGGAGUUUGUUAAGCAGGUUAAGAAUUUGAGCCACAUAACUGAUUUUGUUUGUGCCAUUAAGAAAGAAAAUAUUAUACAAACUUUAUACAAAAAAUUUGAAUUUCUCUCUGUGCAAUGCCAUGAGGAGUCUAAAGAUGUGCAAGCCAAUUUCAGGGAUUCCGAUGCUAACAAGGUAUCUUCAGUCUUGCUGGCCAUAAGGAAAGCUCUUGAGGAACAGGUACCAGAAAGUCCAGCCAGGGAACUGUGCAUUUUGACUACUCUAGCUCGUAGCGAUCCCCCUGCUCUUGAAGAGGCUUUAGAAAGAAUAAAAGUUAUUCGUGAAACUGAAUUAUUAGGUUCUAAUGACCCAAGGAGAGCGUCUUACCCUUCUGCUGAAGAGGCCUUGAAGCAUCUUCUGUGGUUAUCAGAUCCUGGGGCCGUUUAUGAAGCUGCUUUAGGCCUUUAUGAUUUGAACCUUGCUGCUAUUGUAGCAUUAAAUUCCCAAAGGGACCCAAAGGAGUUUCUUCCUUUUCUUCAAGGAUUGGAACGCAUGCCAGCUCUCUUGAUGCGCUAUAAUAUUGACCUUAGUUUGCAUAGGUUUGAGAAUGCUCUUAAACACCUUGUUUCCUUAGGUGAUGCUUACUAUGCAGAUUCUUUGAACCUCAUGAAAAAGUAUCCUCAACUCUUUCCACUGGGGCUUCAACUGAUUACAAAUCCUGUCAAGAGAGGACAAGUCCUCGAGGUUUGGGCAGAUCAUCUUAGUGAUGAGAAAUGCUUUGAGGAUGCUGCUACAACUUAUUUAUGUUGUACUAGUUUGGAAAAGGCUAUGAAGGCAUAUCGUGCUUGUGGUAAUUGGAGCGGGGUACUGACAGUUGCUGGGCUUCUCAAAUUGGGAAAAGAGGAGGUAGUACAACUGGCUCAUGAACUCUGUGAAGAAUUCCAAGCCCUAGGUAAACCAGGGGAAGCUGCCAAAAUUGCUUUGGAAUAUUGUCAGGAUGUUAACAGUGGGAUAAAUUUGUUAAUUAGUGCAAGGGACUGGGAGGAAGCUUUGAGGGUUGCUUUCAUGCACACGAGAGAAGAUUUAAUCUCAGAAGUGAAGAAUGCAUCUCUGGAUUGUGCAAACACUAUGAUUUGUGAAUACAAGGAAGGCUUGGAGAAAGUAGGAAAGUACUUGGCCCGCUACUUAGCUGUUCGACAAAGAAGAUUACUGCUUGCAGCAAAACUUCAGGCAGAGGAUCGAACAGUGCAUGAUCUUGAUGAUGAUACUGCUUCAGAAACUAGUAGUGCUGUCAGUGGAAUGAGUGUGUACACAACAGGGACGAGGAAGGGCUCUGCUGCUUCCACCACCUCAACUGCGGCUAGCAGGGCAAGAGAUGCAAGGCGCCAGAGAAACAGAGGGAAAAUCCGUCCUGGAAGCCCUGGGGAGGAGUUGGCUCUAGUAGACCAUUUGAUGGGCAUGUCUCUAACAGAUGGAGCAAAGAAUGAGCUUAGAUCAUUGUUAGUAUCUCUUGUGAUGCUUGGGGAAGAGGAAACUGCAAGGAAGCUGCAAUGUACAGCUGAGAACUUUCAACUGUCGCAAAUGGCAGCACACAAACUAGCUGAAGAUACAGUGUCUAGUGAUAUCGUGAAUGAACAAGCUCAUAAUUUGGAGCGUUACAUUAAAUUAGUAAGAAGUGAACUGAAAAGUUCAGAGGCCUUUUCGUGGCAAUCAAAAGUAUUCCGUUCUCCCUGACAAGGAAGUUUAUCGAACUGGGGCACGCACACUUGUGCAUAUUAGAUGGAUAGAGGUGCUGGGAUUGACUUCAUAUCUUGUUUAAAUUUAUGCUCCACUCACAAUUGUUAUGCAUCUAUAACUCACUUGGAGAAGUUACAUUUAUGCUUGUCCUGUAGCCGUGUACACAUUUUUACGUUUUCUCAGUGUUGAAGUAUCGGUAAUUGAUGAUGAGCGAUAAUUCUGUUA